GCACACAAAUCGCCUUCAAUGGCCACCGUACUUCCUGGGUGCUUCCGUACCUGGAAGUAAAGCUAGCUUAACCUGCCCCCUUCAAUUCACUUCGUCUUUAGCUGCACUGUGCCUUGUGUUGCUAACAUUUUCUUCGUAGUGAUAACCUAUUUGGAGAUAACGAAACGUUUUUUAUUUAGUCCAAUGUUUAUAAAUCAGUGACAGUCCUGAAACUACCUUUGACGCCACAGCUGGACAUUUGUAAACUGCGUUUUAAAGCAACGUCAGCAGUCACUAACGCCAGCUGUGUCAGUGAACGUCUCACUGCUGAGUGGUAACGCAUGUCUUCCUCCUGCUCUCUGUCAGCUUUCAGUGCUCCAAAAAUGGAUCAAGACAACAAUUCAGAGGAUGAGUCUGUCGGCCCAUCGGAGGACCCUUCAGAAGAUGAACUACCCUCUUUGCCUCCAGGACUAUCGGAUGGUGAAGCAAUGGAGCUGCUUUGGCAGCUGCGGUCCCAGCGCCGCCAGGCGUCCCCUGAGCUCCCAGAGACGGUUUCCAUUCUAACGGCUCCGGACGGCAGCCUCCUCUACCUGGUGGGCACGGCCCACUUCAGCGACAGCAGCAAGCAGGAUGUGGCUAUGACGAUCCGCGCUGUGCAGCCAGACGUGGUGGUGGUGGAGCUAUGCCAGUAUAGGGUGUCUAUGCUAAAGAUGGACGAGGCUACACUGCUGAGGGAAGCCAAAGACAUAAAUCUGGAUAAGGUUCAGCAGGCCAUCAAACAGAAUGGGCUGAUGUCCGGCCUCAUGCAGAUUCUCCUGCUUAAAGUUUCAGCUCACAUCACAGAGCAACUGGGUAUGGCUCCCGGAGGAGAGUUCAGAGAGGCCUUCAAAGAGGCUGGACAGGUACCGUUCUGUAAAUUUCACCUUGGCGACAGGCCGAUCCCCGUGACGUUCAAGAGAGCCAUCGCAGCUCUCAGUCUGUGGCAGAAAGCCCGUCUGGCGUGGGGUCUUUGCUUUCUCUCUGACCCAAUCAGUAAAGAGGACGUGGAGAAGUGCAAACAGAAGGACCUGCUGGAGCAGACCAUGUCAGAGAUGAUCGGAGAGUUUCCUGCUCUCCACCAAACCAUCGUGGCCGAGCGAGACAUCUACCUCACACACACACUCCGCCAGGCUACACGCUGUGUGGAGACCCCCAGUAAUGCCCAGAAAGUGCCUGCAGUGGUGGUGGGAGUCGUAGGGAUGGGUCACGUCCCUGGCAUCGAACGAAACUGGGAGAAGCAGCUCAACAUAACUGAAAUCAUGAGUGUGGCGCCGCCCUCACGUUUCGGCUGGGUGCUGCGUACGGUCAUAAAGGGCGUGGUGAUGGGGAUGCUGGGAUAUGCCUGCUACCGUGCUGGAGGGAGUCUGGGCCGAACCGUGCUGUCUUUACCUGCAGUCGAAUCUUUACUGGAGACUAUACGGCCACCCCCUCUUAGCCCACAUGACCUUUGACCUAUUAACAGUAUGCAUUUUUCACCAAUGGCCUUAAAAACAGGAGGUUGGGCUGGGGGAAAGGUUUCAUCAGCCCACGAUAUGAACUAACAAGGACCUCAGGGGGUUAACACCCCCCACCUCGUAUUGAUGUCCCUGUACACGCAGCAGGGCCGUACUGCCAAAGAAACCAUGACAGUACUCUUUGUUUUCUUUCAUAUUUUGUGCAAACCCCGCAUUUUGUAAGGUUUACAAAGGCCAAUAAUUCCCUCUGAAUAUAUUUACUUUACAUACAUAGAGUUUUUAUUUGAAAAAUAUCAACAGAUUUAUCAUCAGUCAGGUGCCCGGAUUAGACAUUUUCUCACAGACACACAUUUUAUUUGUCUUAUUCCUUCCUCUUUUAUGGUAAAUAUUUUUUAAAUCCACCAUUCUUUAAACACACAUAACACACACUUGUUUCCCAUGUGCACAGAUAAGUGCCUCAUGCUUCAGCACUAAGGGCAAACAUGUGUUAAAUGCAUCUUAUAAAGACACCAACCACAGGUCAAUGCAAUUUUUCUAAUAUUCUGUCUUUAAAUAAUUCUAUAUCAGGCCUAUUUUAUAAAUACCGUUGCCCCAAAUCGACUUUUGUUGUCUUGGCUUCAGAUAUGACACGCAUGACUUUUACAUGCAUUAGGACCUGACGCAGGACAGGCAUACAUGUGCCUCAGGAUGAGCAACGCACUUGAUAACAUUUAUAUAAUUGAUUGUACCUCCAAUAUGAGGUAUCCUCAUGUGUGAGUAAGGGUUCAUAUUUGACACAAAAAUAUGCUUUUACAGAAAGACGUUUCUCAGAUGAUAAAAGAAACACAAGCAUUUUGUUUCGCUCAAGGUGAGGACUGACCGUGAUGAUUUCUGAGUGGACAUUUGUUAUGGACAUAUUUUGACUACUAUGAAGGAAACGGACCGUUCAGAUUGGUCAGAGUUGGGAGGUAAAGCCUUACACUGCUAUCACUGCUGCCUUUGACCAUCAGAUUGCCUCAUCUGCUGAGGCUUUACAGUAUAUACAGGUCCAAGAUUGACCUGUAUCCAUACAGAGCUGCUUAUUGCAUGUGUACAAAUGAACUAAAUGACAUGCCGGGAGCUUUGUUAUGUAAGAAAUGUCCCAAUAAAUCCAAGAUGAUACAUGUAUACUGUACAUGGUUGCAGUGCAAUAAACCAACAUAGAUUUUUAAGGUAUUUCCAAUCUUAAUGAUUAGUGAUUGUACAGUAGGCCUACUGGAAGUGUUUAAAUGUAUUUAUAAGAUACAUGAAAGGAAUGUAUUGGCUGUCUUUAAUAUGUGAAACGGUCCAGUGGACUAAUAUUGGACUUAAAUUAAGUAGUGCCACAAACAUUAUUGGGACCUCCUCAAAUUAAACUAACUCAUAUAAAACCUGUCUUCCAAUAUAUAAAUCAAGCACUUUGCUCAAGUUAGAGAGGAGGAUAUCGGGAACAGAUUAUGUCAUGCCUCUUGGUCCCUUAGCAGCAUAAAACAGUCAAACUUAAACAUGUUAUGUCUCUUCAUCAUUUCCAAAGGUUUAAUGUUUAAGAAUUGUCAAGGGAAAACUAUGAAUGCCAGGCUUUUCCGUAAAACCUACUUCCCCAGGUCCUAAUGUGGUGUUGUCAUUGUUAAACCAAAUAUUACAACAUAACUUCUGCAAUUAAUUAUUAAAGAAUUUAGUAAAUAUUCA